AUGGCCGGUAUUAAAAGGCCUGUCGAAUCCAAGGAGGAUCGCAAUGGAAAGCGGACCAAAACCAAGCAGGGCUCCGCACCCGCGAAAAAGUCCAAGGUUGAUUCGGUGAAGACUUCAGGAUCGAAAAGGGACCUGAAGCCCAGCAAGUCGGACAAGAAGGCUUCGAAGAAAGAGCCCAAGAAGAAGGCCCAGAAGGAGGAAUCGGAAGACGAGGACGAUUUCGACAUUGACGAUGUGUCUGAUUCUGGCGAUGAUGGACUCGACGACCUUGAGGAUAUUCCUGAGGGUGAUGUUGACAUGGAGGAUGCUAGCGAAGAGGCUGAAGGUGACGAGGAGGAUAGCCACGAGGAACCUGGCAAGAAUGGAGAAGUCGUCAAGAACAACAACAACAACUCGCGCGAGUCACACAUUAAGCAGAAGGCCCUCCAGCAAGAGCGCAAAGCCGCCAAGCCCAACGCCGAUAUGAUUGCCCGUUCCAAGAAACUGUGGGAGCUAUUGCGUCGCAAGUCUCACGUCCCACUUGAGCAGAGGAAGAAGCUUGUCAAGGAACUGUUUGAGAUUAUUGACGGCCGCGUGCGGGAUUUCGUCUUUAAGCACGACUCUGUACGUGUUAUCCAAACCGCACUGAAAUACGGCAAUCUCGAGCAGCGAAAGAAGAUCGCGCAGGAGUUGAAGGGUAGCUAUAAGGAGCUCGCGCAAAGUCGCUAUGCGAAGUUCUUAGUCGGAAAGUUGAUUGUACACGGCGAUACCGAAACAAAGGAUUUAAUUAUCCCGGAGUUCUAUGGACACGUCAAGCGAUUGAUCCGUCAUCCCGAGGGAUCGUGGAUUCUCGACGAUAUCUACCGCACAGUUGCAAGCAAGGAGCAGCGCACAAGGCUUUUGCGCGAGUGGUACGGUCCCGAAUUCGUUCUCUUCCAAGAUGACAAGGAGAAGUCGGCCGAUCUCACCAAGAUUCUCGAGGCUUAUCCCGAGCGCCGCGCGCCAAUCAUGAACUUCCUGCGCGAGCUGAUCAACCAGCUGAUUCAGAAGAAGAGCACUGGUUUCACGAUGUUACAUGAUGCUAUGUUACAGUAUUUCCUGGCCACCAAGCCCGGCAGCACUGAAGCGAAUGAAUUCAUUGAAUUGAUCAAAGGUGACGAGGAGGGAGAUUUGGCCAAGAACCUGGCGUUCACUCCGUCGGGCUCGAGGGUGAUGAGUCUUGCCUUUGCCUACGCUAGUGCCAAGGACCGAAAGCUGCUUCUCCGAUUCUACCGAGACACCGUCAAGGUUAUGGCUGGUGAUCUCCAUGGCCACAUGGUCCUGCUUGCGGCCUACGAGGUCAUCGAUGAUACCAAGCUGAGCGCGAAGUCUAUUUUCCCGGAGUUAUUGAACCAGAAUGACAGCGAGGAUGCUCGUCACGAUGAGUUAGUGUAUCAAGUGACUGAUCUCACUGCCCGAAUUCCCGUGUUGUUUCCCUUCGCGGGUGACCGUGCGAAGUGGUUGCUGCCCGAGUUGGAUCAGAAGAUUCUCAAGGAGGUCCGUGAUAUUAGACAGGAAACCUCCAAGAAGGACGCGACCGUCCGUCGCCAGGAGCUCGUCAAGGCUGCGUCCCCUACGCUCCUGGAAUUUAUCGCUGCUCGCGCAGAGACGCUUAUGGGGAGCUCAUUUGGGUGUCAGUUCAUCUCCGAAGUUUUGUUUGAAGCGGACGGCGACAAGAAUGCGGCUCUCGCUGCUGUCGCCAAGGCUGCAGGCACCAAGUCCGAGACACGGGAUGCAGUGGCGUUUGGCCGCCUACUCAAAUCCCUUGUCCAGGGUGGUCGAUUUAACCCUGCCCAGAAGACCGUCGAGAAGGUCCAGCCCCCAUUAAAUUUCCACGGAUUGCUGUACGAGCAGAUCGCGGACGAGAUUGUGGAGUGGGCCACCAGUGACAAUGUGUUUGUGAUUGUCGCCCUUGCCGAGUCUGACGAUUUUGAGAAGCAGCAGGAGCUGCUCAAGACCCUGAAGAAGAACAAAAAGGCCCUUGAGAAAGCGGCACAAUCGGGCGAGGGCGAGAAGCCCGGCCCCACCAGCAGUGGUGCUAAGCUGCUCCUCAAGAAGCUAUGA